AUGAAGCAGAUCUCAGUCCCGGUUGCCCUGGAAACGUCACCAGAACUUCCGUUCAUUACAUGGCAAAAAUUAGCAGAAUCAAUGAAGCAAAAGUAUGAGCAACCAUUACAUUACCUCACUCACAUGCUCUUGAAACAAUGGGAUCAAUCAAGAGCCAGUACUACAAAGAAUGAAUUAAUCAAGCCUAUUAGCAAUGUUAUUCAUCCUAGUAAAGCUGAAGCCACUGUCUGGGUUGUUGAAGAAUUUAACAGGCAGUUUGCUUCUCAUCACUACCUGGCUGAGCUCUGGCUUUCUGAUCCAAACUACCAUGAUUUUGUUGAUACAAUCACCCCUAAGAAUUGA